ACUACCGUCUUUGGCACUGACAAGCUGAAAUCCCCCAAACUGUUCUAUGCAGACCACCCUUUCAUCUUCUUGGUGAAGGACCAGAAGACGAACUCCAUCCUGUUCAUUGGCAGGAUGGUCAGGCCAAAGGCUCAGUGACAUCAGUGAGAGGAGAACGCCACGGAUGGCACUGCAAAUCCGUUAGCGGCCACACAACCUCCUCCGCUUCCAUCAUGGCUCCCUCGUCGGACAGGCAGGGAUACUGGGGCCGGCCCACUUCCACGCUCGACUGGUGCGAGGAGAAUUAUGUCGUCUCAUACUACAUCGCCGAAUUCUGGAACACUGUCAGCAACCUGAUUAUGAUUCUUCCUCCCAUUUGUGGGGCCAUCCAGACAUUCCGUGAUGGCCUUGAGCUCUGCUACAUCUGCUCUUUCCUUGGACUUGCAGCUGUUGGCGUUGGUUCCUGGUGCUUCCACAUGACACUGCUCUAUGAGAUGCAGCUACUGGAUGAGUUGCCAAUGAUUUACAGCACGUGUGUCUUUGUCUACUGUCUAUAUGAGUGCUUCAAACAAGGGAACAGCAUCAGUUGGUUUCCUGUAGCGUUAUUAUUCAUCUUCAGCAUCACAGUAACUGUGGUCUACUUACAGUGGAAAGAACCAGUGUUUCACCAGGUCAUGUAUGGCGCUUUAGUUGCUUGUCUCGUGAUGCGAUCUGUCUUCAUUGUUACAUGGGUUUACCCAUGGUUACGGCCUUUGUGUUACACCUCCUUAGGUGUAUUCAUGUUAGGCUUUCUUCUGUGGAACAUUGACAAUAUCUUCUGUGACUCAUUAAGAGCCAGUAGACAAACAUUGCCACCUGGUGUCGGAGUGGUGACACAGUUCCAUGCCUGGUGGCACAUCUUCACAGGCUUGGGCUCCUACCUGCACAUACUUCUCAGUUUGCAAAUCAGAACAACCUACCUCAAGUACAGACCAAAAGUAAAGUUUUUAUGCGGAGUUUGGCCCACUCUGCAUCUUGAACCGCAAAAGACGAGCUGAUAUUAUGGGACGCCUGAAAGAUGUCGACCAAGCGUAAGGACCGGCCAGUGCCCCAUUCAACUGCUGGGAGCUCUGCCCACAGCAAGGGGGCAGUGUAUACCCCUAAGAAACUACACUAAGGCGCACCGAGAAUUAGCUGAGUACAGUUUAGCGCUGAGAUCAGAAGCCUUUUUUUUUUAAACCCAUAAUAAUUUAUUAGAUUUGCUUUCCUGCAAUAUUUAUGAUGUGUAAUGUGUUUAAUUGUUAAUUCAUUAUUCAAUAUGAUGUUUAGCAGACUGAAAAUGGGAAUAGUUUUAGGACUUAUGGAUGCUCAAAAUGUUGAAUGCAAGGUUUGUGAAAACAAGGGAAUCAGUGGCAUGAAUUGUGAAUUUCCAUUAUUUCAUUAAAAUUAUUCCAAACCCCAUACAUAUUGAAAUAACUCGCUAAAGAAGGAACAAGAUGAUACUUUAUUUCUUGUUUCACGUGUACAUGGGAGAAUGCCAGUUAAAGCAGUGUUGCCAUAACAUUUUUAAGACAGACCGACAUGUUGUUCUGCUGCAUUCUUAAUACGGAAUCGUCUCAUUUCGUUGACAACAGACUUCAACUUUCUUGAAAACAUCGAAGACUAGUGUGUUUAUUAUUAUUAUUUUUAAACGUCUUAAGAAUUAUAACAUUUUAAUUCCCAUAGUUGCUUUUUCAUUAGAAGUAGUCCAGUACAAUAUACAAUAUGAAUAAAUUAUUGCACCAUGAUAAAAGGGCUUAUUAGUUAGGUACAUUUGUGUCUUUGCCACACUUAAAACGAUUCAUGCUACAACGUCUUAGUGGUUUACAUUCCUGCUUUGGACUUUGUCAAGCUUUCCCUAGUGCAGGUUUCCCAAACCUUUCCAGCUCGAGACCCAAAUGAGUACCCAGUACCUAAACUUAGCAGCAUACAUUAUGAAUUGUCAUAACAUUGACAUAUGACGGGUACAUUGACGGGUGUCAAACUUUUUUAUGUGGGCUGGUUUUCCUUCAGAGGCCUGUUAUGACUCUGACACCAUAUAAAUGUAUAAUUGCCUCAUCGUAUUUACAUAUAGUGUAUGUAAAAUAAUAAUAAUUUAACUAGUGAUCAGUUCAGGGUGUACCCCACCUACCUAUAGUACAAGACUUAUCCUCCUUUUUCCAUGUACCUUCAAUUUCAACUGUGAAGGUUUGUUUUGAUUUGAAUGUCUGUAUUGCUGCGCCUGUGCAGCGACCCUGUAAAGGAAAUUGUAACCCGGGCCAUGAAGUAAAUUAGGAAUACUUCAAUGCACAACAUCCAUUAAAGUAAUUGUACAUGCUGGAGGUUUCGAGAGAGUGCCACUGACUCAUAUGAACACGCUUUUGCAAACAUGAGCACAAUGUAGGAAAUAUUCAGUUCGUGCCUAUAUUCCUCACUGGGAUGCGUCGACUUUCACUUCUAGUAAUGGGAAAUGAUUUAGUUAAGUAUACAGGUUGGUAAAUUAGGGGCCUUAUGACAUGGGUGCGCAGGUUGAGCCACGCUGCCUUUGGCUGUUCACAUCCAAAUAUUUUACGUGUCCCUAAUUUCUUGGUCAUGAAAAGAAAAUAUGUAUAUCUUGAGGUUGUACCUCACUCUACGUCUUCUACUACUGAUCACAUGUUACACUGAUGUUAAUAGUAACAUGAUGCCUGUGACCAGAAAAGCAUUCUCACUCUUUGCGGCAGUAUUUAAUGUUGUCCAGUGUUGUCAAAUAAAAACAAUAAAUGUCA